AUGGCCGCGGAGCGGACUGGCGGAAGAAGGACCCCGCGCAUGCGCAGCUGGGCCUCUGGGUUGCCCGCGGCGCGCCUGGGUGGUGUGGAGAAACUGCCUUGUAACAGGUCCCGCCCCUCUCUCUACUCCCUUUCUUAUAUCAAGAGGGGAAAAACACGGAACUACCUCUAUCCGUUCUGGUCACCAUACGCCUAUUACCUCUACUGUUACAAAUACCGGAUCACCCUCCGGGAGAAGAUGCUGCCUUGUUGUUACAAAAGCAUCACUUACAAGGAACAGGAGGACCUGACUCUCCGGCCCCAUUGCUGCCUCCCUGCUCCUGAGUCCCUAGGAGGCCCCCAGGUGGGUAGGAGCACUGCACAGGAAAAAGACCACAACCAGCUUAAAGAACUCUAUUCAGCUGGGAACCUGACAGUGCUAUCAACUGACCCCCUGCUUCACCAAGAUCCAGUUCAGUUAGACUUCCACUUUCGUCUUACCCCCCAUUCCUCUGCUCAUUGGCACGGCCUUCUGUGUGACCACCGACUCUUCCUGGAUAUCCCAUAUCAGGCCUUGGAUCAAGGCAACCGAGAAAGUUUGACAGCAACACUGGAGUAUGUGGAGGAGAAAACCAAUGUGGACUCUGUGUUUGUGAACUUCCAAAGCGAUCGGAAGGACAGAGGCGCCCUGCUGCGAGCUUUUAGCUACAUGGGCUUCGAGGUGGUCAGACCAGAUCAUCCUGCCCUCCCUCCCUGGGACAAUGUCAUCUUCAUGGUGUAUCCCCUUGAAAGGGACCUUGGCCAGCCUGGCCAGUGA